UCAGUCAGGCCCAUAGUCGGACCCGUAUACUGCCAAUGCCAUAGAUAGAAAACUAACCAAAAGUCUGCCAUAUGAGUGGGCCACUUAUUGUAUGACUAGGGUUUUUUGGUUUUCCUAUCCAUACCAGGGAAACCCUAGCAAAAGCAUCGCAUCUCUUGGUUUCUUCUUACCUCUUAGCGUGCUAUAUAUUCUGUUGCUUCCUGAUCUUUUGAGUUCUAGCUCUAAGGGUUAAUUUGAAGGCUUUUUUUGACUUGGUGGUUGGUUGGAGGUCUUUCGGUGGCUAGAGAAAGUUGUUCAAGGAACAUGGAAGCUUAUCAUGAUCAUCGAAUCCCAGAGCUUCCAACUGAAAUCAUAUUCUCGCAUAUACUCCCACGGUUACCAGCAGAGGAUCUGAUGAUGCGGUGCAGGUGGGUAUGCAAGUCUUGGCCCUCCCUCAUCCGCAGUCCUUCCUUUGUCGCAGCCUUCUUGAACUUUCGCUGCAGGGACACCACUCACGGACUUAGAAAAUGGGAUUUUGAGUUGAACAUAUUCACAAUAGGUACGGAUUCUUCGUGGAGGCCAUUGCAGGUGCACCAACAUAGCCACCUUCUUUCUGAUAUAGCGCGUGGGAUAAGAAAUGAUGGAGUGUACAUCAAUGGGGCCGUACAUUGGAUCCAUAAGAAGCAGAAAGUGAUAGUGGUAUUUGACGCUAGAGAGGAGACAUUCAGAUUGGUGCCGCUGCCCCAAGAUUAUGCUCAAGUGUUGGAUGAUUAUGAUGAUUAUGAAAGUGAUGCUGAUUGUUAUCCCCGAGGAAGUGCACGUGUAGUUGAGGUGGGGGGAUGUGUGGGUGUGUUUGUUGACAAGUCGGACAGGAUCGUGUUAUGGAUUUCGAAGGACUAUCAAAAUCAUGUGUGGAUUAAGCAGACUGUUAGCUUGAUGCCCACAGACAAACGGUACCUUAGUGGUGGGUGCUCAGUUAGAGCUUUGGGUACAAUUCACACAGGUGAGCUAGCAUUCGUGCGCUAUUUUUUUGGAUUUACACCGGGAUAUAACAAUGGUCCACCCCAAUUGCAUCUUUAUGAUAUGAAAACCAAACGAUUUAGAAUACUUGAUUUUGUUUUUCUUGAUAGUGUUACGAGAAAUGAUCAGGAAGAUAGUGGAUCAAUUAGGUUAAUUUCUAGUUAUGAAGAUAGCAUUGUCCCCUUGACAUGA